UCUGGCAGAGUUCGGUCGGAGUCUGGUUCAGUGCGAGACCAGAUCUCGUCGGAACAGGCUGUGGCUCUGGCAGCUUCUAGUGGAAGAUACCUGGUGGACCAGCCUGGUUUUGUAACAAAACGGAAGAAGCAACAGUAGGAAGCGCGCAAAUACAGCAACAAGCUAGAGGGAAAGGAAAACUCUUUUUUUUCUGCCAAAGCGCCUAAUCGUUGUAACCGCCCGAACCAGAAGGACAAAAAUGAAGUGACAUCGUCCCCAGCCGUCGCGUUCCGGUCGAUUGAGAUCUCGCCCCCAGCCGUCGCACCACGAGAACAAAGCCGUUCACCAGGGGUCUCCGUGAGUUGCAAUGCAAACAACCGAUCCGGGGGGAAACGGCCAGGGACCCACCACGACUGCGGCAACUGCCACCGCCAACAACAACAACAGCAGCUACAACAACGGUUCCACGUCCGGGCGCUCCUCGCCGAAACCGCCGGCCGGAUCAUGGGCAUCGAUGAAGGCCAGCGUCCUGCGAUGGCGCGGCUCCCGGAAGCUGGUCCUCGUCAUCGUGGCCAUCGCGCUGCUGCUCGACAAUAUGCUGCUGACCGUCGUUGUGCCAAUCAUCCCCGAGUUCCUGUAUGACAUCAGGCAUCCGGAUGCGCCGCUAGCUAGUUUCCCCAAGGAGCCACCGACGACGUUGUCUCCGUGCGAGAAGGAAACCACCACUCCGUACAAUGGCAUCGACGUCACCACCCCGGGCUACGACAAUGCCAGUUGGUACGCCGAACGGGAGGAACGCCACAAGGAGCUGGUGGAGGAAACGGUCGAGGUCGGGCUGAUGUUCGCGUCCAAGGCUUUCGUCCAGCUGCUCGCGAACCCCAUUGUCGGUCCACUAACGCAUAAGAUAGGUUACAGCAUCCCCAUGUUUGCCGGGUUCGUCAUCAUGUUCAUUUCCACGCUAAUUUUCGCCUUCGGUAGAACGUACUCCGUUCUGUUCCUGGCGCGAGCACUGCAAGGAAUCGGGUCGUCCUGUUCUUCCGUGUCCGGCAUGGGAAUGCUGGCCGAUCGGUACACCGACGACAAGGAGCGCGGCAACGCCAUGGGCAUCGCACUCGGGGGGCUUGCCCUCGGCGUCCUCAUCGGUCCACCCUUCGGAGGCAUCAUGUACGAAUUCGUGGGCAAAUCGGCCCCCUUCCUGAUCCUGUCGGCGUUGGCCCUCGGCGACGGUCUGCUCCAGCUGGUGAUGCUGCAACCUUCGAUGGUGAUCGAGGAAUCCGAUCCACCCUCGCUGAAGGCCCUGGUCAUGGAUCCGUACAUCAUCGUGGCCGCCGGAGCGAUCACCUUCGCCAACAUGGGCAUUGCGAUGCUGGAACCGUCGCUGCCGAUCUGGAUGAUGGACAAUAUGGGUGCCAGCCGGUGGGAACAGGGCGUCACGUUUCUUCCCGCGUCAAUCAGUUAUCUCAUCGGAACGAACCUCUUUGGACCGCUGGGUCAUCGCAUCGGACGGUGGCUGGCCGCCCUUCUGGGACUGGUCAUCAUCGGACUGUGUCUACUCCUCAUCCCAAUGGCCACCUCCAUCCAUCACCUGAUUCUGCCGAACGCCGGCCUGGGCUUCGCCAUCGGAAUGGUCGACUCGUGCAUGAUGCCCGAGCUGGGAUACCUGGUGGACAUCCGGCACACGGCCGUGUACGGCAGCGUCUACGCCAUCGGUGACGUGGCGUUCUGUUUGGGCUUCGCCAUCGGACCAGCGCUCAGUGGCACCUUGGUCAACACCAUCGGCUUCGAGUGGAUGCUGGUGGGCAUCUCGAUCCUGUGCUUCCUGUACGCGCCCCUGCUGAUGAUGCUCCGGGCGCCCCCGACCAAGGAGGAAAAGAAGUCCCUGAUGAGUGUCGGUGAGCGUUCGUCGGUGCGUUACGUGACCUACCAGAACGAGGACGACGACGAGUAAGGCGGUAUGCUACACCCAGAUCGAAAACCCAAACGGCUACUUCUUCAGGACAAGAGCAACGUAUUUGGAAAACAACACUGCAACUGCAACCAGAAACAGCAACAACACAAAACCGAGAAUGGAAGCUUCAAAGUAUGUUUUAUAAAGACAUUUAGAUAGAAAAUGGGAACAGAUUUCAGCCGAAAGAUACAAUAAAAACGAACGAAGGAGAGGAUAUUGCUGGUAUUUUAGAGGAGUUUUUAAAGUCCAAUGAAGCCAUAUUUUUAGUACACAGAAAUUUUAAGAUUAUAACAACCGAUAUGAUAAGAUGUGUUGCCUACAAAAACAGACUACACUUGUUGAAAGAGCACUAAAACAAAAAAUAAUAUUGAAAGUGAGACUAGGAAAAGUUUAAUCGAAGAAAAAGUUGAAAGUGGUUAUCAGAAAAUAAAACAUGUAAAUGUACACACACACAUAGAAAGCACUACCCGAGUAAAACUUUGAAACAAAUCAUUGGUUAAUCGAAUCAACACUGCAAAGUGGUUGAGCAACGGUACAUCUCUCUUUCUGUCAUCGCAAACAAGAAUGGCGAACAAAGCAAAAAA